CGACAAAGCUAAUUCUAUCGAUUCACAAGGUUCACAGACAGAAUUUCAAUACGUUGGUGGUAGAAGAUUUCAUAAUGUAAAAAAUUCCUUCUAUUCUCUGCCAAAUGAUGAUGAUGAACAAGAUAGAUUACACUUACAACAUUUUUUGAUACGGUAUAUUUGGCAAAGCAACUUUUCUGCUCCCGUCGAACAUAUUUUAUCUAAAUCAGGAUCCAAAAUUCUAGAUGUUGGAUAUCCAUUGACUGAAGUUGUUGGAAUAGACAUAUCACCAUACCAACCCACACAUAUAAAGCCUAAAAAUUUUACUUUCAUUAAAGCAAAUGUUCUAGAAGGUUUACCAUUCGAAGAUAACACUUUUGAUUUUGUAUUUCAGCGAUAUUUGAUUGCUAGUUAUCCAAAAGAUAAGUGGCCAUACAUAGUGAAUGAAUUAGUCAGGGUUUUAAAACCAGGUGGAUUCUUAGAG